GAAAACUGAAACUCUUUCAUGAAAAAUAGAGAGAACGUGAGAUUGAAGUGUGAAAAUAAAAAUGGCAAGUGAAGUUGAGAAGAAUGUUUCCCAAGAAGAAGUUGUUUCAAUGGAGCUUCCUGCUCCCUCUGGGUGGAAAAAACAGGUCUUUUCUUUUCAAUUUAUAUGUUUAAAUUAACUUACUGCUGUUAAGUAUUUUGUAAUUUAUAUGUUGGGUUUUGAUUUGAUUUAUGGAAAUUGUGUGGGUUUGUGUUUAAUUUUGAAUUAAUUGAUUAAUUUGUUGAAAAUUAUUAAAGUUUUGUUAUCUAGGGUUUCUAAUUGUUUCCCAUCUGUACUUGUUAAUUAGUUCACCUUAUUUGUCCUAUGAUUUAGGAAAAGUAAGUCAUUUGUUCUACAGUAUUUGGGGAAUUCUUGCUGUGUUUUUUGAAUGAUGUGCUUCUUCUACACAUGUAUUAUGAGAAAAGGGGUAUUUUAGUGUUAAAUAAAUAUUUCAAAAUUUUGAAAUUACCAAAUGUUUUUGUCUUUUAGAGUUUACUGGAAAGGCGCUCACAAUUUUUUCCUUUAAAAUAUUGUACAGUUUUUCUAGAAAUACUUUAUUAUUCACUAGUGCAGCAUUCAUUCUUUUAUGUUACCAUUUUAAUUUCAAACAUAAUUUUUGUAUUCCAAUUUCUUUUCAGUUAUUAUACUUCCCAAAAUAUAAUUUUAUGGCACCUCUUUUUAAUUGCUGUGUUACCGCAACUUUCCGUCCCUGUCUUUUUGAGAUUGUUUUAAACCUUUAUUGGCUGGCGGAAGGGGGAAGGGGCAAAUUGUGGAUGGGACAAUCAUUUGAAAGUUGUGUUUCUACAGCUAAUUGUCAUUCCUGCACUUUUAAUAUGGGUGAGGUUUGACAAUUGAAUUUUAUAAAAUUGGAACUACUCUACUUUGUGAGCUAGUAAGAGAGCAAUUUGAAUUAGAAGAAUGAACGACGCUUUCCAAAACUAACAUGACUCAUGAGGAUUCACUGCAUCUAUGGUUGUACAAUUUUCUGUAAGUUUUGAGUUUAGUUGGCAUUUCUGAUUCCUUGGGCUUUGGAAGCUUCAUGGCAAAUAGAACAUUGAAAUGGAGAUGUCUAUCAUGAAUCUGUAAGGUGUUAUACGGCGCUGAUAUGUAUGAUGUGUAAAAGGCGGCUUGCGUAGUCAAUUGAAAUUUUUCCUAGAGCAAUUGGUAGAUUUGCCUCAACUAGGAUAUCGGAUGAGUGAUAUUCAGAGUAGAGGCGUCACUUGGUGUUCACAAGGUUGAAAAGUUGAGAAGCUAUUCUAACAAAUCAUUGUAACAACACAAUGGGCCGGAAUUGGAAAUGUGUGCAUGUGAAUUGAUUUCUACCACAAAAAAAAUUACUUUAAAAGUUUGGAUACUAUGUGUGCGGUGAAUUGGUUGGUAUCAGUAAUGUAUCCCACGGUAACAUGGUGUUAUUCAUGUUCUUGCUAGUUGCUAUGAUUUUUGAAAACUCCCUUGUUAAGGAGCCUGGAGUGUGAAGUUGUGCAUUAAUGGUCAUCCUUAAAGGGAGCUCUUAAUAGUUUAAUCGUUCUCCUGUAUGGUGGACAAGUAAGUGUUAAUUACUGAUGAUGUAUCUCAAAGUUUGAACACUUUUAUUAACUAUGUUAAGAACUUAUUGGUCAUCUACAAGAGAAAUUCAUAAUAGGUUGUUACUUUGGUGAAAAACUCUUUCAAAUGAGGAUGCUACUGACUGUAUCUAGUGUGCAUAUACAUUUGUUGCUCUGUAAUAGUCGUAAAGUCCGAAAGAAUGCUUACCAUGACACAAGAUUUUUAGGAUAUUAAUAUGAUGGACCAUUUAUGUUGUUAUCUUAGAGGAUAAGUACAUGUGAAACGAUUUAGUAUGUAUUUUUCUUGAAGGAGACUAUAGAUACAUGGUGGUUCGUAAAGGGGAACAUAUGUUAAAAUAAAAGGUGGGGUGUGCAAACAAAGGAAGUAUUUAAACUAUUUUGUAUGCCUAGAAGAGUAAAGCCUUCCAGCUAAAUUGAGACAAAUAAAUCAAUUCAAGCUACUCAUUUAACAAUACAGGGCCAUAUACAAUCAAUGAAUACAAGAAGAAAAAUUUCGGACUUAUACUACUGGGUUACUAGAACAUUACUUAGUUGUACCAGUGUUGUUUUCUUUGAUUUGUGAAUGUUACAAUUAUCUUUUACCUUACCAUACUUCCAUGUCAUCAUUUACGCUAGAAGAGUUACUUUGGCUUGCUAAUUUUGGUGCAUUUCCCUGAUUUUAUACAAAAUAAAUGUAACUGUCUCAUCUAUAUCCUUGUGGGAACGAUGAGAAUUUGGCACGAAAUGUUGUGGAGAAAUGAAGAGUCCAAGUAGUAUAAAUAUAGUGCUUGCUUCAACCUAUCUUUCUUUUCAUUUCAUGUUAUUUAAGAUUACAAAUCAAUAGCCAUUGAAAGCAUGACGGUGCAACUUUCUAAUGCUUUAUGUUAUGCAAGUUUUUUGAGUCUUUUCCUUUGUUUCUAGCCUUCUACUAUGCUGGGCCUUGUAUUUAUAGUAUUAUUGUGUUGGUGCCCUGGUGGUGGUUGUGUCUGAUGCAGGUUUGUACCAAUUAAACAAAUUAUUCAUACGUCAUCUACAAGGGUGAGUGUGAAGGAGGUGAUUUAUGGUUUAACAGUUUCUUAUAAUUUUUCUGCAAGAUACUUUACCUAUAUGAUACUAAUGCUAGUUUAUUUGUCAGCAACUUCUACUAUUUACUUGAAGGGGUCAGGGAUGUGUUUAAAAACUCUGACUUAAGGCUUCUAAUGCUUUUUUGAUUUCUCUGUGGUUCUAUUGCUGUCUGUUUCUUCAUGAUAACUUUUCCCACACUUACUUUUUUUUACGUACAUCUUGCCAUUUUUGGUUGGGCGGUCAAUGGUCACCUAAUGUACUAUUAUAAUGUUUUGCCUUUGAUAUUUCAACUUUGCUGUCUUAAUUUUUUAGCUGCUAUCCUAAAGUAUGAUUCUUGAAGGAUGCUUGUUAGGCAAAAUGCAAGUCAUAUCCUCUUUUUGUGAGGCUGAGGUUUAUGUGAUCAAUAGUUAAUUGUUGUGUAUCUAGAAAAAAAUUAUGCAGGUAUUUGAUUUCUAUGCUUUGGGCAGUUGGAAAGGUUUUCGAAUCCUAGGCUGUAAGCGUCAGUGAAGGUGCUAGCCUUUGGGUGUGGCUUCUCGAAACUCAAAACGAAAAAUUUAAAUAAAAACCUAGAACAAAACCUAGAAAAACAAUAGAAAUAGAGAAGAAAAGGGAACACAUAACUAGUGGGUGCUUACAUCAAAUAAGCUUCUUUAGGUCUAAGACAAAAAAAGCUCCUUACGGCACUCAACUUAGGUAAUAUAAGAGGCAUUCACCAUAAGGAAUCACAUCGUCGAGGUUUCCCACCUAUCUUUUGCCUAAGGCGCUUUCCUUGGGCCCUUAUGCAUGCUUUUUAAAUCUAAGGAUAAGAUAAGGAUGCAUUAUUUUGGAAGAAGAUAAUUGAUAGGACUUGGGAAGAUGUGGUACCACAUAUCAUUUAUGUUAAGCUAUUGGAGUUUUUAGAGGAUGUGAGUCUGUGACAUCUUUAUGCUGUUUUUUCUUGUGUAGCUGUAUUUUUGUAUAUCACAAGUUGAGGUAGAAAAAGAAUAUGGGAAGAGUUGUAUUGGAAGAAUUUAGCUAAUUAAUUUUUUUUUCAUUACUUGGUGACUUUUGUUGGAUGUCCUAUCCCAUGGUGACAUGUAUGAUGAUCUGGUGCUAGUGAAGUGCUUGAGUCCUCUGCAAUUUGCAACUGGCUAUGGAUUAAAAUGAAUCUUAAGUCAAAAUUUCUUUGGUUCACUCACAUGUUUUGCUUCUUUUUGUGGCAUAGAUGAAUUAGAUAUUAUGAACAUGUAGGUUGGUUAUGGUGCUUUCUAGCUAUUUCAAUGUGUUCGGGAACAAAAUUAAUUCAGGAAUUCACCAAACUAUAUUUGCUAACAGGUGAAGUUGCUUGAUUAUCAUAAACAUGGCUUUGAAAACAUUAGGUCAGAUUUGUUUGACUUGAUGAGAUAAAAUUGUAGUCUGCACUCUGCAUCAUAGUGAUUAGGUUGGCCUCAAUGAUCGUUGAAAACAAUAUGCCUAGCGCUCUGACAUCCGUGAAAGACUGGACUGCUGAGAAGGGCUCACUCAAUCAGAGAAGAUGGUGCUUAUUGAUUUAAGAAUGGGUAUAACCUAGUUAAUUAUCUGUUUAAAUUAGGGAAAGCAAAUUGCAAUUAUUUAAAGAGAUGACAUCCACAAUUUUUUUUCAGGGGGAUGAUAUCUGGAUUUGUUUCCUUUUGGACAUAACUCUUCUUUUCCUAACAUUACAACACACAAUUUUUUAUCCUUGAGAGUUGAGAGUUACUAUUGUCAUUAGUUGAUAUUUCUGUAUGUGAAGAAAGAUGGGCAUUGCCGGAAAGAAGCUUUAAUUUAUCACCAAAUUUUUGAAGUGUAAGCAAAAUAGUGUUAUUCAGUGUGCCCUGUGGUGGAGAUUUGCAAUGAACUAAAGGUGGUAACUAUAGUUCCAAAUUAUGGAAACCUUUUAUUCUGAUAGUGUGUCCUCGUCAUAAAAUUUGCUAUAAUUUCUAGGCUGUUUGUGAAUUUUGUGUACCUACGUCUAAUUUAAUGUUGAUGGAUGUAAUGAGUUUUUCCCAUAGUAAGACAAGGCCUGGUUCUGCUGAUUCUAUGCAUUUAGUCCUCUCAGGGAACUUUGCUGAGCUCAGAGCAGGGCCAAAUUUUAGAGCUCCGUGAAUUGUUGUUGGAAUCAGCAUCCCUACUUUUGCUGAGGAUCUGUUGAACUUUUAAUAGGGAUGGUGCAGAUUCUGUUAAGCUGGACAUGGCUUGUUUUGAUUAUUUUGUUCUUCCCUAAGAAAGGAGGUACCCCAAGAAAGAGUGAGAUUGUAUUUACUGCCCCAACAGGAGAAGAAAUUCACAACCCAAGGCAGCUACAACAAUACUUGAAAUCACAUCCUGGUGGACCACCUGUUUCUGAAUUCGAUUGGGGCACUGGUGAGACGCCUAGAAGAUCAGCUCGAAUUAGCGAGAAAGCAAAAGCAGCUCCACCAACUCCUGUUAGUGAGCCCCCGAAGAAAAAGAGCAGGAAAUCAUCAGCUUCCAAGAAGGAUAGCAAGGAUGCUGAGGCUACUGUUGAUAAAACUAAUGCAGAUGAUGUCCAGAUGGAAGAUGUUGCAAAGACUGAGAAAGAGACAGCCAAGGAAGCUAGUAAGACUGAAAAACAUGAAGCAGAAGCCGAUGGUGAAAAGGAGGCUGUGAAAGAGGGUGAAAAUAGCGUGGCAUUUGAGACCAAGGAUGUUACUGAAACUCAGGAAGAAAUUUCAGUCCCUGCUGCCGCGGGUGAGAAAAGUGCGGAAAUUGAGAAGCAAGGAAUAGAUAAUAGUGAGAGUAAGGCGGAAACUGUUGAAGAUGAUGGGAAACCACUAGAGCAGGCUGAGAAGCAAGACUCAUUGCAGGAAUCAGUGAAAGAAGAUGCUGUGGAAGUGAAGAAAGAUGGAGCACUUGAGCCUGAAGAUGCAAAAAACAUCGAGGAUGAAACCGCCGCAAAUCCUUCUCAGGUGACUGCUCAAGAAGAGAACACAAUUGGAGAAGAUAAAUCUAAAAUUGAGGAGCAACCACAAACCGAGAUACAAGAAGCCAUGCAAGAGCAGGUGAAGCAUGAUGUUGAUUCUGCAAGCAUUGCGAAAGAUAAUGGAACCACCAUUGUGGAACCCACGAAAGAACCACUAGAAGGGAAAGAUAAUAUCAAGGAAGGCGACCAUUGCAAGAAAGCAAUGGAGGUGAAUGGAAGCGAGCCAGGUGAGGCGAGGCCUGGAUUGCCACUAAUCUGAUUUGUUGUAAUUCUGUUGAGUUUGUAUCAUUUCAAGAUAUCUGGGUAAUUUCAAAUGACUGUAGAAAACUGAUUUGUUGUGUAGACCGAGAUACUCCUUGUACACAGUUUUAGAUUAGGCGUCUGAGUCUUGACAUUACCAGGGAUUAGGGGGAAUUUGUAACUUCUGCAGAGAUUUGUCAGUAAUGUUGUCAAAUUACUGGUUCUGUUGUAACUUUAAUCAUCAUAUCAUGUAAUGUAUGAAUCUAAUAUAUGUACUGUAACUAUAUUCUUGUCC